UCAUGGUUUUGUUCGAUGACGUCCAACACAGCCUGUGGUGAAUGCCUAGAGAACUUUCCGGGCCUGUCACUUUCACACGUAAGAUGGCCGAACUUGGUACCCGCCAUCCUCUCCCUGGCGUCCUUGGAGUGCCUGCAGAGUCAAGAUGUGCCUGACCUUGCAGCGCCCUCAAAAAUGCCGUUCCCAUAGAUCUAUCUACUUCCUCCGAAUCAGUUUUAGCUUGAUCCAGUUCAGUCAAUGGACUUGGCUGAACGUAUUUAAAGCAGGUCGAGUUACGCCAUGAGCUCCAGAACACUAGAACACCUCCCCGAACUCAUUCUACUACAUUGCAACGCGUCUCAUUACAUAUGAAUCCUGUUCCCGCCAUUAACCAUCCUUGUGCGCUGUGCUGCAGACCCACGUCUAUGUGGUGCAGUCGCUGUCAGAGCACGUGGUACUGCACGCCUGAGCACCUUCAGACGGACUGGCCACGGCACCGCAGAGAAUGCGUCCCUGCCACACACGCGCAAAACUACAACAUGAUCGCCACUCCUCCGCCUGCUGAGCAGCAAAUGGUCACUGUGUCCGCUAUACUCUUUGAGCCUGAAGAAGAACGGCCUAGGAUCAUCACUGUCAAGUGCCGUCCGCCCCAAGUGCCAUCCCAAGGCAUGUGCCCUCAGCCCCUGAUUGGCAUGCAUUUCCCGCACGAGCAGACGGAAAGCAUCGUGUUAACGCAAGGUUUGAACGGUGAACCCUUACGGUUUCCUCUUCACCUGUGGUACUCCCCGACCGCACUGUCUCGAUGUGCUCCGGUCAACCGGGCAAUUUACCACAUCACGUCGGGUGCCGCUGCGAAACACUGGUGUGGAACUGUGGUCGUACUCAAGUUUAACGGAUCACGAAGGCAGGGAUACUCUGAUGCGGGGUCGAACGACCUUCCUGCUCUGUCUGCAUACUUUCUGGCAUACAAGUAAAAGUUUUCAUGUUAUUCUUAUAAUCCGCGAUCGCCUAGACUUAGAUGUGGCAUUAGCCUUUCUUAUACUAUUCUUCUAUAUAUAUUGCUUUCUGUUCGUUAAAGUUGUAGCUAUUCCCUGUUCUCCUAUCCUUAAUGUCGACUACCCAUUGACACGGUGCAAACUGGUUUUGCACGCUAACGAAUGUGAUAGAUCCGAAUGAUUGGCAACGACGUCUGACAGU